AUGUUAGGAUCGAGGUAUCCGGAUCCAUCUGACAUCGUUGCUUACGAUGAAUUGGAAAAAAUAUUUGCAAAUGUUAAUAUUGCAAAAGAAUGGUAUAAAAACCCAUUCCCGGCGAGUAAGAUUUUUAAAUUGUUCAAACGAGGAGAACUCGAACCUUUUUACGAUGGCAUACAAUGUCGUAAAAGAUACGCAAAAUUUUGGAAAGGAGUUGAAUAUGAUCCCGAUGUUAUAAAAUUUCAAAGUUCUGCCACUUCAAGGACCGGUGCAUCAGCAAUGGCAUUUGCUGAAGGUUUAUUCAAUGGUAAGGGACCUUUGGACACUUGUAAAAGUCAACCUGUGUACAUUUCGUCUCUUCCGGCCUAUCUAGAUUAUGUGUUACAGCCUCAACUUACCUGUCCACGUUGGACCCAAAUCGUUUUCAAUAGUCCAGAUUACUUUGAACAAAUUUAUUCCUAUGGCAACAAGACUCUAGCACCCAUUGCCGAACGUAUUUCCAAAGAAUACAACAUCAGUCCAUCACUUGACCCACAUUUAUUGCCACAUGUUUUUACUUAUUGUGAAUUUUGGAUUAUUGAAUUUAAUCGAACUGACACGUGGUGUUCAUUACUCAGUCCUAAAGAUCUUUUAUUGUUACGAUAUUUUUGGGAUAUUCAUUACUAUUAUACUCUUCAAUAUGGUCAUCCUUUUAACAAGCGAAUGGGUUGUGCCUAUCUUACUCAACUCGUAGCAGGAGUUGAUGAUUUUUUAAAUGGGAAAUCUUAUAUGAUAGCUGAUAUAAAGAAUUCUCAUAGCUAUACAAUACUUUCGCUGUUCACUUCAUUGGGAGUAUGGAAAGAGAAAUACCCUCUCACGGCAGAUUUACCAUAUGAAAAAAUUAAAGAAGUCAAAUUGACGGAGUACGCAUCUUUACCCUGGUCUUCCACGGUUUAUUUCGAAAUUUAUACUUGUCAAAAGAAGGAGGUUCUGAUACGAAUGGUUUUAAACUUUAAACCCAUGUUGAUCCCGGGUUGUGGAGGCGAGUAUUGCAAGUGGGAGAAGUUUAAAGAGAUUAUUGGUGAUCAAAUUG